AUGGCAAACGGUGAAAAAAGGUUAAUACCAGAAGACAGAAUGGAAAAAAGAAAAGUUAGUAAAAGGCGUCAAACUGGAACGGCAAAAGACGAUAUUGAGUCGCCUCCCAGCUCUCCACGUCUCGCACCGAAAUCAUCACACCUUACAUCAUCUCUAGAAGCGCCUUCUCAGUUACAGACACCUUUCUCUUCUCCACCAGUUUCACGGCCUCCAUCUCCGAACCCAGUAGAUGCGCCUUAUUUUGCACCUUUAUGUUCCUCUCGUCUCUCAACUUCCAAUGUCGCAAUUAUCACCACGGUCGCCCGCAAUCAUAUUUUGUUAAAUGAACAUGACCGUAAUAAUUCCUCUUUAUCAUCACAUCUUCUUCGUCUACUUCCACUCAUUCACACAGAAAGCCUUCGUACACUUAAUCUAAGUUUUGUUAAAGGAAUCACUAAUAGUUACCUCACAAAAUUAUUAUCCCCAUUUUUCAAUUGUAUCCGCACUCUAAAUCUCGCUGGUGGUUCGCGUUCGGAUACAUGUCUUUCAUCCAUCAUACCACAUUGUCAUCAAAUUCAACAUCUUUCACUUGCAUGGAAUACAUCACUUUCGGAUGCAUCAAUUAACAAGAUUGCCAAUGUAUGUGGUAAGAGGCUACGCACACUUGAUUUAACAAAUUGCGAAAAGGUCAGUGAUAGGUCAAUGAGUUCUAUUGCACAAUAUUGUGUGAAACUACGAGAAUUAAGGGUUAGUUACUGUCGCGGGGUGAGCGAGGUGGGGGUCAAAUCAGUAAUCGAAGGUUGUGAAGAGUUGAAAUUAUUAGAUUUGGUGGGAUGUCUGAGUGUUGAUAGGUGUUUCUUAUUGAAAUGUAAUGACGAUUUUCAUUUGGCGAGGCGUGACAUGAAACUUAUUUGGCGAAGAGUGACAGAAAGCUCACCUUCUUGGGUUGAAGACAGCUGA